AUGUACAAGACAGUCCUCACCUCCAAUCCAUUGAAAUCCCUCCUCUACAAGCCUACGACCAUUACCACUCGCCACUUAAGCACAAUGGGUUCCAACGGCACAUCCACGCGGCAACCGCUCAAACUCCUCAUGCUUCAUGGCUACACCCAGUCCGGCAGUCUCUUCCACGCCAAAAGCCGCGCCCUAACAAAACACAUCCAAAAAGCUUUCCCCCUCCACGAAGUCACCCCAAUCUACCCAACCGGACCCCUCCGUCUCCGCCCCGCCGACAUCCCAGGCUACGAGCCCUCCACCACCGGCACCGCAGACGAAGAAAUCGAGUCCUACGCCUGGUGGCGCCGCUCCAACACCGCAAAGCCACCAUUAUACAUCGACCUGGAAGAAGGCCUGGCAUCCGUCGCACGCACACUGCAAGAAGAAGGCCCCUUCGACGGCGUAAUCGGGUUCUCGCAGGGCGCGGCGCUGGCAGCCAUGGUAGCUUCGCUGCUGGAGCCUGGACGGAAAGAGUCGUUCGAGCAUUUUUCUAAGAUUGCCGUCGAUGGCGCGGCGGGGAUGGAGAUGCCGGCGCCGUUUGGGGCGGAAGGGUUCAAGCAUCCGCAGCUUAAGUUUGCGGUUUGUUAUUCGGGGUUCAGGGCGCCGGGGCCGAGGUAUAGGGCUUUUUAUGAGGAGCCGGCUAUUCAGACGCCUGUUUUGCAUGUGCUUGGGUCUUUGGAUGCUGUUGUGGAGGAGGCGAGGAGUCGCGCUUUGGUUGAGGCUUGUGCCGGGGAGCCGGAGAAGGAUGGGUCUGUUGUUUGGCAUCCUGGUGGUCACUUUUUGCCGAGUCAGAGGCCUUAUCUUGAUGCUGUUGUGCGGUUCAUUCGGGAGAAGAUGGAAGGGUCGGAUGGGAAAGGGAAGGAGGUGGAGGAGGAUGUGAAUGAUAUGGAUAUGCCGUUUUAG